UUAUAUCGCCACAGACAACAGACUUAUUCUCUUUCUGCGUCCACAGAAUCACAGGUUUACAGUCUGUAGAUUUUGAAGAGGUCACAUCCAUCAAAUGAGCAGGUUGAUGUUAUAUCAUCAGAUGACUCGUCUUCAUCCGAUGCAGAGAUGGAAGUCACUGCUGAGUAUGACAGCAAGCAGUUAACAUCUGAAGGUGCUUUGAUGAGAAGGGCAGAGAUGUAUCAGGAGUACAUGAAGCACAUCCCAAUCCCAACACCACGUGGCUCUGUUAUUCCAUUUACCUCAUGGAUGGGUUUAGUUAAAUCCAUUAAGCAGCUUUAUGGACAACCUUUGCAUUAUCUCACCAAUAUUCAGCUAAAACAGUGGGACCAACUGAGGAUCAGCAGUGAGGAUGAAUACAGGCCCUUGGAUGCCAUCAUUCAUCCCUGUAAAGCCGAAGCCACCAUCUGGCUCAUUGAAGAAGUUCACCGAAACACCUCAUCUCAUCAUCAUGUAGCCAAUCUGUAGCUAUCAGAUCCAAUGCACCAUGCCUUUGUUGAUUCCAUCUUCCCCCAAUUAGACAGCAGCUCGUGAAAUGGCAAAAGGCCUUUGGUUUGUUAUAUUUUGCUUGUUAAUCAUGUAAAUUUUUGUUUGGCUAUAAUCAAACUCUUUCUUACA